AUGGCUCCCAGAAGCAUACUCCAUCACGCUGGGCUUCUCGCCUUGGCUUCCGGCGCGUUCGCCGUGCCGUUCGUCUCCCUGGCUCAGACCACUAUCAGCUCGGAGCCGACUGUCACCGCUUCGCAGGUACCGCACACCGAUGUGACCUCCCACGGUCCCUACGACGGCCCUCCGCCGUCCACCACUGGCGCCAUCUCCACCAGCAUCUUGGCGUCAGAGGUGCCUAUUCUCCCUCCUCCGGCUGAUGCCUACGACUACCCGGCGGACGGCAAGCUCCACGGUGACCAGCCCGCGCCUUACACGCCUUCCGGUGGUAUCGGCACCAACGGCUCUGCCCCCGUUUACCGCGUCCAGAGCGACUUCGACUACCAAUCUCUCGCCCUUGGAUUGUACCAAGAGUACAUCGAGCUUGACCUCUUCCACUGGGGUCUGGCUACCUACUCCGAUGAGGACUUCGCAGAGCUCGGCCUGAACGCUGAGGACCGUUUCCUCUUGCAGCACAUGGCUGACCAGGAAAUUGGUCACGCCACCGUCAUCACCAAUCUGCUCGGCCCCCAGGCCCCUCAACAGUGCACCUACAACUACCCCGUUUCCAACCUCCGCGAGUACAUCGACUUCAACCAGAAGCUUACCCGUUGGGGUGAGGCUGGUGUUUAUGGCUUCCUCCCCCACCUCAACUCUGGCCCCGCCGCCCAGCUCCUGCUGCAGAGCAUCACGGUCGAGGCCCGUCAGCAGAUGAUCUUCCGUCAGUUCGAGGGUCUCUUCCCCAUGCCUGAGUGGCACACUGUCGGCAUUCCUCAGUCUUGGGCCUGGACGCUCCUUGCGCCCUACAUCUCCAGCUGCCCAUGGAACCAGACCCGUCUCAUCUGGCAGAACUUCCCUGCUCUGCAUAUCUUGAACCAGCCUAACCCGUACCGUAUCAACGGUGCCGAUGUUUGGAACGAGACAACCGGAGGCUGGGCCAACACUGCGGCGACGACUAACAUCACCAAGGCCGAGUCUUGCAUCAACGCCACCGACUCGUCUCAGGACUGUAACGCUGCCAUCUCGCAGAACCGCACCAUCCCUCUGUCCUACCCUGGCCGCCAGGUCUUUUUCCAGUGGGAUGCCCCCGGCCAGCCGGUUGGUCCCAAUAACAGCUACAUCACUGCGACCAACGUCGUUGAACCCAAGUUCGCCGCCUGGGUCUCCCAGCUUAACGUUACCUACUCCCCGUUGAUGAACGUCAGCCUGGAGUCUCGCACCGCCUACACUAUCCAGCCCAACGUUUCGACCUGGGAGCAUGACCCGGCCAUCAACUCGACCAUGUUCAUUGCCCUCACGGACUCUGACCUUUAUGUCACGCCUCACAACUUGACCAUGAUCAACCCGCACGUUGCCGCCCUGGCCGUGUACCAGGCUGGUUAA